CAAUGAUCAACUCUACAGUGCUAACAGACAGUCCGAAAUCGAAUCGAUCAAGCCAAGCAGUGAUUGACGCCAAGUCCGAUUCUUCAGAGAAAGGAAGUGAAUCACCCAAAAGUCUACGCGAUUAUCAUAGAGGAGGUUCUGGAAGUUUGACUGGAGGCGGUGCAAUUGUCCUAACAAAUAACAAACCGGAUAUGAAGAAGUACAAACAAAAGUUGGAUAACAGGCUUGGAAUCGUACUGCUCAUGUGUCUCAUCACAAUGUUUGUUAUUUUAGGAAUUUACGGAACAAUGCAUUCGUCAGUUCACGAUGAACUUACCACAUACGUUAACAGAACUCAUCAAAUAGCCAGUGAACUUAAAAAUGCGAUGGACGAAAACUAUCCAAAAGAGAAUCAGACUAACGUGGACAAACAUGGAAGAGUCUGGAUGACUGUAGAAGAACUCGAGGAUUAUGCGUAUCUUAUUGACAAGACUAAUUCAACAGUGUGGAACUUAUUCUUCUGGAAUUUGAUUUUGUCAAUUUUCCUCUUCCCAAUUGUUCUGGCUAUUCACAUGGGAUGGAUUGCUGGCAAUGGAGCGAAGUUCGCCUACAGAAUAGUUCUUCUCAUUGGCCUCUUGUUUUGUAUUGCUCAAUUUUUGUAUCUUGUGCACCCAAUUUUCUGGGGAGCCGUCCGUUUCCCAGGAAUGCUUGACCGAUUGUUCCUCGAGGCUUAUCCUCGUGAUCAAUACCAAAUUGACAGUAUCCAAAAAAGAUUCGCUUGUGAGUUCAAACCACACGAAACAUUGGUUCAGUUAGACCUGCAACAACCUUGCAUCCCAAAAAUGAAGAAUUCCUUAUUGCCGACUUAUUCUACACUUUUGCUCAUUUUCAUCGACCUGUUUCCAUUUUUGUUUGGCGCUUUCAUCUACGCGUGGAGUGCCUGGAUUAAGAAUAGCCAAGUCGUCAGAACAGCUAGACAGCGGGUUGAGUUGAAUAACUCAAGAAGAGUGCCAUUCCCGACACAAAAUAUUUAUUCACCACCGGAGCGCAACGUUAAGUUGGUGGAAGUUUAAGCCUACACACCCACACACAAAACCACUGUCACAAUUUCAGUUUAUAAUGUCUUUUUGCAUACUCUUUAUUUCAUCUUUAUUUUGAUUUUCCUUCGUUCAGUGCCUAUUUUUCAUGAUUUACGCGGUAGCAUCACUUUCACCAAGCCAUAAUAAAUGUAAUUU